AUGAAUAAAAUCGAACUUGAUGAAACAUUGAUAGAAAAUGCCCUAUUUUCCGAUGUUAUCAAGGCUAUGUCUGAUAAAUUUAAAACAUUCAAAGGACAAAUUAAAAUAGAUGGAGAGAUAGUCGAGGAAGGGAAUCACAGACAAUACAUGUCACUCCUCGGUUUCAAUGCCAAAACCUUUCACAAUAUCUUUUCAAAUAUGGACAAAAAAUCCGAUGCUUCCGAUUGGUAUUUUACAGGAAAAAUAAUUUUAAUGAAAGACAAUUUCCAAGAAAUAAAAAGAUCGAGGGUUGGCAGAGGAGGAACUGAUCUGCUUAAAAAGAUCAAUGAAUACGAAGGCGAAAAUUGUUACAUAUCUACAGAUGGUCACUGUUUUAUCAAAUGCGUCAAUCGUGUUUUGAACAAAGAUUUAACGUGUAAAUUUCAAGAAUACAUCAACGGGUUUUCAAAAGCAAAUAGAAAAGGAGUGAUGACUUGUGCUAGAAUGAAUGAAUUCAACAAGAAAUUUAACACUUCGUUUCAAAUUUAUAAUCCCAAAAACAGACAUUUUCACCCCAGAGACGUUCAUGAUGAAUUAGAUUGGGUUUUGUACUUACACAACUCGCAUUUCUGUUUGAUUAGAAGAAGCCAAAAAAGUUUGGGAAUUCAAGAAAUAGAAGACAAUUACGAACAGGUGUGGAAAACGUGUAGAGACGACAACGCAGUAACACAGGUUUCACCCCUCAAACUAAACGUGCUUUCGAGUAUGAGUGAUGAUGCGUUAUUCGCUUGGGAUUGCGAAACGUAUUCAGAAAAAGACACGCGAAGAGCAAUUCCUUAUGCCUGCACUUCAAUUAAUUUAGAAAAAGUAAGGAAAAUGUUAAACAGAAUAAAUAAUCUCUUUCCAGAUUUAAAGCCGUCAGAUCCCCUUCCAGAAGAAUUUUAUGAUAAACUAAUGAAUGUAGUAGAAAUAUUUGUAGGAAUUCUAUCUUUUCCUUUAUCUAAUCCAUACACUGAUGAAGAUUUACAGAAAAAAUGGAAAAGACAGAAAGAAAUAAAGGGUAAUUAUUUACAACAUAUUAAUUUCACGUGUUCCUAUCAACACGAAUCCUCUAGUUUGGCUGCAUGGGGAAAUUCUUCCAAUCUCCCCGCGAAUUUGAGAAAGAUUGCCGACGUAGAUAUCGCUAAAUACACGCGAGACAACUGGGAGGAAUUGAGACACGAAUGGGAACCUUACGCCAAGAGAGACACUCUCUGUUUGGGAGCUUGUUUGAUAAAAUACAACCAAGUGACGAAAGAAGUUGUAAACCAGAAUAUGUCCAAUAAUAUAACGGCUCCAUCUUUAUCUUUAAAUGGUUGGUAUUAUUUAUAUCAUUACGAUAAAGAAAUGGUGGAAGAAGAAUGGUAUGAAACUACUAGAAUGGUUGCGAAACAUACCGAAAAAGAAAAUAUAGAAAAAGUUUAUUCGCACACAAAUCCUUUUAUAAGAAAUUUUAUCAGACGAUCUAUUAAAGGAGGAAGAGUUUCGGCAAAUAGAAAAUCAUUUGAAACGAACAAAAUGGAUGAAAUUUGUAACGUAUUAAAGGAAUAUACAGAACUUGAAAGUAAUAACAUAAUUGAUUUAUUCAAAGAAUACAGCGCAAGCACAAAAGACAAAACGAAGGUUCAUUCGAGACUUAAAAAAAUAGAAUGUACUAAACUAAUGGCAUUUGAUGCUAACGGUUUAUACGCUUCCGCCAUGUCGGAUUUAGACAGUGAAUAUCCGAGAGCGGAAAGUGGAAGACCGUUUCUACCAGAAGAAGAAAAAGAAUUUGUAAAACUCUUCAAUAAACAAAAAUUCAGACCUAGAACAGCUAUUUUAACAGUGUGGUUUGACAAUCCCAAAAACAUGUUCUUCCAACCGAUACCAGCUAAAGAUAAAAUCACUUUCACGAAUAAAGAAGGUAAAAAGGAAACUGGUAACAAAAUCAGGUUCAGAAAUGGUUUCUGUCACGACGUUUUAACAUCGGUCGAUAUUCAAGAAAUAGUGAAAGCCGGUGGACGAAUUAUUAGAAUAUUAGAUGGUAUAGUUUACGAAGAAAAUUUUGUAUUUUGUAUAAAGAUGGAAAUGACCAGAAUUGACGGUGGAAAAACUGACGGCGAAUUAUAUUAUAAGUUGGACAACAUAAAAGAAAGUGAAAUUCAUCUUCAAUGUACUUAG